AUGCCGCUCCCUGAACCAGUUCCUACAGCGUACUCUUCUGAAAAUUGUAGCAUCUGCCUUGAGAAUCUCCAUGUUCCCUCUCGCAAUGAAGUUGGGACUUCUUACAUCAUUGACGAUGUGCAGCUGCAUUGCGGUCCACCUGACUCAGGCCCAGGUCCUCACCACUUUCAUUGGAUUUGCUUAUUGGAAUGGGCAAAGAGCGAUGGUGAUUGGAGCCGGUGUCCUCUAUGUAGGCAGAACACGCUCGAUCGAAACGGAACGUUCGUCGUGGAGGUGCGAAACGAAGGGGGUGUUACUGGAGGUGUAGACAUGGGCGACGUGAUUGACGAGGAGAUAUAUAUGGAUGCAUACCCUCAGGAGCGCUACGAAGAGGCCUUCCUAUCAUGCAUGGCGAUGUCAGAACACGAAGACGCGGAAACCUUGCUCACGGAACGUUCCGUCAACGUGAAUUGCACAUAUAAGCCGGGCGGUCAAACUGCAUUGCAUAUGGCAGCAAUCAAUGGCGAUAUGGACGGUAUCAGGUUUUUGCUGGGUCAUGGAGCAGAUCGGAAUUUCAGAGAUGAUGCGGGCAUGACCCCCUUGGACUUUGCGAGACAAGGAGAGGCAGAUUCUGCGGAGGCGGUCGCGUUCCUCUCCGCCUUUUAA